AUGCAACAGCACCAUUUGUUUAUCAGGUAUGUCCCUUUUGGAAAGAUUCCCACUUUAGAAGUUGAUGGUAAGACGGCGCACCAGUCUAUAUCAAUCUGCCGUUUCCUUGGAAGAGAGUUUGGAUUAGCAGGAGAAAAUAACUGGGAAGGUCUCCAAAUUGACGCCGUCGUAGAUACAAUACAGGACUUGCGCAUUGUCGGUUCAGAAGAAGCUCGAAAGACUACUCUGGACAGACAGACAUCUACAGAGAGAAACAAAAGUCGUAAAAACAAAUGGAUUCGUUUUUAUCUGUCUUGGGAAGACCUUUAUUUUGCAGCAAUAACUGAAUUCUUGAAGGGUGGUCUGGAAGUUGAUUUCAUAUCUCAGUAUCCGAAUCUGAAAGUACUGGCGGAAAAAGUUUGGAAUUUACCAAGAAUUAAAGCCUGGCGGGAAAAGCGCCCCAAAACACAAUUUUAAAUGUACAUGAACUAUUAAGAUUAAUAAACAUGUUAAUUAUGUUUUUAUAUAAAAUCCUACGUAUUAACUGUAGUAUUUCCUCAGGUAACUGUAGUUCUUUGCCACAAAUUAAAUAGCAAAAUGGUUCU